AUGGGAUCUGCCUCCUCAACUUACCGGCCCAAGUGUAUUUAUUUGGAUAUUGACGGAAGAAUUCAAAAGGUGAUCUUUAGUAAAUAUUGCAACUCCAAAGAUAUCAUGGACCUCUUCUGCAUUGCAACAGGGUUACCAAGGAACACAACGAUCUCCCUUUUGACUGCAGACAAUUGUAUGGUAUCCAUUGAUCCAACCAUGCCUGCAAACUCAGAGAGGUCUCCAUACAAAGUGAUACCUGUUGCCACUGGGCAGCUCUCAGAGAAAGAAGAAUUGUUCCAGAAUUUAUUGGGACAGAUUGUCGAGCAGUUCUCGAGGGUUUUUAAAAUCAAUGAGCUGAAAACGGAAGUAGCUAAUCACUUGGCAAUGCUGGAGAAAAAGGUUGAAUUGGAAGGCUUGAAAGUAGUGGAGAUUGAGAAAUGCAAGAGCGACAUUAAAAAGAUGAGGGAGGAAAUGGCAGCAAGAAGCAGCAGGACUAACUGUCCCUGCAAGUACAGCUUUUUAGAUGAAAACAAGAGGCCGACUCCCCGGCGGGAUGUACCAUCCUACCCAAAGUACAUGCUGUCCCAAGAGACCAUAGAAGCACUUCGGAAACCAACCUUUGACGUCUGGCUGUGGGAGCCCAACGAGAUGCUGAGUUGUUUGGAACAUAUGUACCAUGAUCUUGGGUUGGUAAAAGACUUCAACAUCAAUCCUAUCACGUUAAAGAGGUGGUUGCUGUGUAUUCAUGACAAUUACAGAAACAACCCCUUUCAUAAUUUCCGGCACUGCUUCUGUGUGACCCAGAUGAUGUACAGCAUGAUCUCACUCUGCAGCCUCCAGGAGAAAUUUUCCCAAAUUGACAUCUUGAUUCUCAUGACUGCAGCAGUGUGUCAUGACUUGGACCAUCCGGGCUAUAACAAUACCUAUCAGAUAAAUGCGCGAACUGAGCUUGCAGUACGCUACAAUGACAUCUCCCCACUGGAGAACCACCACUGUGCUGUGGCUUUCCAGAUCAUUUCCCAGCCAGAAUACAACAUUUUCUCCAACGUCGACCAGGAUCAAUUCAAACAGAUAAGACAGGGAAUAAUUACAUUAAUCCUGGCUACAGACAUGGCGAGACAUGCAGAAAUACUGGACUCUUUCAAGGAAAAAAUGGAAAAUUUUGAUUACUCAAAUGAAGAACACAUGACCUGUCUGAAGAUGAUACUGAUAAAAUGCUGUGAUAUCUCCAAUGAAGUCCGCCCGAUGGAAGUAGCAGAGCCCUGGGUAGAUUGCUUGCUAGAGGAAUAUUUUAUGCAGAGCGACCGAGAAAAAUCUGAGGGGCUUCCAGUGGCACCAUUCAUGGACCGUGAUAAAGUGACCAAGCCAACAGCACAGAUUGGCUUCCUGAAGUUCGUUCUCAUCCCCAUGUUCGAAACAGUAACAAAGCUAUUCCCAGAAGUGGAGGAGGUGAUGCUCCAGCCCCUUUGGGAAUCCAGGGACCGCUAUGAGGAAUUAAAACAGAUAGAUGAUGCUAUGAAAGAGUUGCAGAAAAAGAAAAGUGAAAGUUUGACCACCAGCAGUACCGAAAAGUGAGAUGAAAGAGACAUUGAGUAAAACAUAAGCCCUAAGGUUAUUUUGUUUUUGAGAAAUACUGUAUUUGCCAAACAGACAUGGUGGCUAUGUCAAAAUCCAACUGGGACCACGUGCGUGGAGAGGUGGC